AUGCACAUCGUCGAAACCGUUUUCUUGUUUUCUUUUUUUUUACCGGAUGUAGCAUCACAUGAAUUGACUGUCAACAUGCAAGAUGGCCACACAUCACAGGCAAAAUGCCGCUGGGCGGAGGAAAGUACAGGUGUCUUACGUUAUUAGGGACGAGGUGGAGAAGUACAAUCGAAACGGGGUGAAUGCACUCCAGCUAGAUCCUGCACUCAACCGGCUCUUCACUGCUGGGAGGGACUCAAUCAUCCGGAUAUGGAGUGUCUAUCAGCACAAACAGGACCCAUACAUUGCAUCAAUGGAGCAUCAUACAGAUUGGGUAAACGAUAUAGUCCUUUGCUGCAAUGGGAAAACAUUGAUAUCUGCCUCUUCAGAUACAACGGUGAAAGUAUGGAACGCGCAUAAAGGAUUUUGCAUGUCAACGUUACGAACGCACAAGGACUAUGUUAAAGCUUUGGCGUACGCCAAAGACAAAGAGCUUGUAGCAUCGGCCGGUCUGGAUCGGCAGAUCUUUCUUUGGGACGUAAACACGCUAACUGCCCUCACUGCUUCGAAUAACACAGUCACUACGUCAUCGCUGAGCGGGAACAAGGACUCAAUCUACAGUCUGGCAAUGAACCAGAUGGGCACAGUUAUUGUUUCUGGAUCCACUGAAAAGGUUCUGAGAGUGUGGGAUCCUCGGACAUGUGCAAAACUCAUGAAGCUAAAAGGUCACACGGACAACGUCAAGUCCUUGCUGCUGAACCGAGACGGCACGCAGUGUCUGUCCGGCAGCUCGGAUGGGACCAUCCGCCUCUGGUCUCUGGGCCAGCAGAGGUGUAUCGCCACGUACCGAGUGCACGACGAAGGCGUGUGGGCCCUGCAGGUCAACGAGGCCUUUACGCAUGUCUAUUCAGGAGGCAGAGACAAGAAGAUCUACUGUACGGACCUGCGGAACCCAGACAUCCGUGUGCUCAUCUGCGAGGAGAAGGCCCCAGUGCUCAAAAUGGAAUUGGACAGAUCUGCUGACCCACCUCCAGCAAUCUGGGUUUCCACCACCAAGUCAUCCGUUAAUAAAUGGUCUUUAAAGGGAAUCCACAACUUCAGAUCAUCAGGGGAAUACGACAAUGACUGCACCACUCCCCUGACGCCAUUGUGUACUCAGCCAGAACAAGUUAUUAAAGGAGGUGCCAGUAUUAUUCAGUGCCACAUUCUGAAUGACAAGAGACACAUACUCACGAAGGACACUAACAACAAUGUGGCGUUUUGGGACGUCCUGAAGGCUUGCAAAGGAGAAGAUCUGGGGAAAGUGGAAUUUGACGAGGAGAUUAAAAAGCGCUUCAAGAUGGUCUACGUGCCAAACUGGUUCUCAGUUGAUCUGAAAACAGGGAUGCUCACUAUCACUUUGGAUGAAAGUGACUGUUUUGCUGCCUGGGUGUCUGCAAAAGAUGCUGGCUUUUCAAGUUCUGAUGGGUCCGAUCCAAAGUUGAACCUGGGAGGCCUUUUGCUUCAGGCUCUGUUGGAGUUCUGGCCCAGGACUCGGAUUAAUCCCAUGGACGAGGAGGAGAACGAGGUGAACCACGUCAAUGGGGAGCAGGAGAACAGGGUCCAAAAAGGCAACGGUUAUUUCCAGGUUCCUCCACACACCCCAGUGAUCUUUGGAGAAGCUGGAGGAAGAACUCUUUUUAGGUUGUUGUGUAGAGACUCAGGUGGAGAAACAGAAUCCAUGCUGUUGAAUGAGACAGUCCCACAGUGGGUGAUCGAUAUAACUGUAGAUAAAAAUAUGCCCAAAUUCAACAAAAUCCCGUUCUACCUCCAGCCUCAUUCCUCCUCGGGUGCAAAAACUCUCAAGAAGGACCGCCUCUCAGCCAGCGACAUGCUCCAGGUCCGGAAAGUGAUGGAGCACGUUUACGAGAAGAUCAUUAACCUGGACAACGAGUCCCAGACCACCAGCUCCUCGGCCAACGAUAAGCCUGGCGAGCAGGAGAAGGAAGAGGACAUGGCGAUGCUGGCGGAGGAGAAGAUCGAGCUCAUGUGUCAAGACCAGGUUCUAGACCCCAACAUGGAUCUGCGAACGGUAAAACAUUUUAUCUGGAAGAGCGGCGGGGACUUGACGCUUCACUAUAGGCAGAAGUCCACGUGAAAAUAACCCUUUUUAUAAGCAGAACUCUGCCAUUUGCCAAUCACCACCCACCUCUGACAUGUAGUACCCUUAACCCGUCGUGCGGUCAAGUGAGAAUCCAGAACAUUUGUACGGACGGCAUUACUGAUGGGUCACGGGAGCAGUGGCCCUAGCGGUCUGGCGCAGCCAACACACUCCCGGGACAGAAGCGGUCCGUGCCGGUCCUUCAGCAUUUGAGGAACUGACUGUUUUUCUGCAUCUUUUCCCCCCAGCGUUGUUUAUUUAUUGUCUUCUGUUCUCCUGAUCGGCAUUUGUUUUUACCACCAUAAGUUGACGUUCUGUGUUUGUGUCUUAGUGUGUGUAUGCACAUGGAUGUAGUCGACCAUUUGCUGUGCUACAUUCCAGGAGCUGUCCUUGUUCUGCAGACACUUUGCACCCGCCUCCAAAGCACCAUCAGUGCAGGAGAAACGCUCUUCUCCUGUCUCCUCAACAUCCGCCACCUUAACUUAGCAUCAGACUUUUACUCAUCGCAAAACUCACCAAAAUUAAGCAUUUGUCUUAUUCAUUCUUUUAGCUGCUGUCCAUGAGAUGAAUGUGAUAUUUGUUUUUCUUUUUUUGUAAAUAUAUAAACUUUUUUUGAUUUAAGACUUAUUUUGAUGUUUUGCAGCAGGUUUUUUUUUUAGUUCUUGUACAGUUUCCUUAAAGACCGGUUCCUUUUUUUUCCUAAUCUUUUGAGCGCGUUUACGGUCGUCAUGGUGACUGGACCAUGAGUUAUUCUGUUCACUGCAACGUCAAAGUUGCAGUUAAUUCUGGGGAAAAACAAAAAAAAAAGUUGUUGGGGCUGUGUUAGCAGCUGGAUGUUGAUAUGAAAGGUAUAUAAACAUAUAUCAAACAGUAACUAAUGCUUACAUGUACGGCUCACGGGUGGUAACUUUAAACAGGGGGGGGGCGUUGUUUUCUCGUGUAUAUUCCAUCUAGAUUUUAUUAAAGGACACAUAACUUGGAGAGGAAUUUUAAUAUCCAGCACUGUGGACAGUUUAAGUGAAAUAAAUGCAAACAGCCCUUUUAUUUUCACUCCAUCUUGGUGCAACACCAGGAAAAGAAUCUUUUCACAAGUUUUCUAGAGUUAAUUUUGCCAUGAGUGUAUGCGAUGCCAUAAUGGAGGACGCAUAGUGAGCUGGAUUUGGCCAAAAAGGAGAAAAAAAUAAGUGUACCACAAUUGGGCCAUAGCACUGCAAUAUUCCUUGUUGUAAUAAUUUGUGAAAUAUGUAUAUUUUAGGGAUUCAGAGAAAUAAACUGGAAUGGUUUAACAUUGACAGAGCUGUGAGGGUUCUAAAUGGCUGUUUCGAUGACUAAAAAUAAAAACAAGGGACACUUUGAAAAACAUUUUUAAGUGAUAUUUGUUUCUCAAUCAAAAAAGUUCACCCAUUUCACACUCAUUCCUAACAAAACACACAAUUCCUUAAUAAAAUAUCUGCAAAAAUA